CGGGUUGUCCGGGAAUGACGACGUCUAAGCGUUUACGUUCAACCAUUGUCCGAUACGGUCUGUUGAUCAUCAUGGGCCAAGUGAUCGUCCCAGACGUCCGAGGAGCGGCGCCGUACUGUGACAUGUGCGACGACGAGGAGGGUCCAAGCAAACGGGGUCUACAUCGCUGCGGCUUGACGGAGUUUGACGUGGAGGACUCCGUCUUGCUUGAACGUAAAAGUGUGUGUCACGUGGUUUAUACUGUAAAACAUUGAAUCUGCGAUUGAUGAAAAAAAAAAAAAAAAACUAACCAACUAACUGUCAUGUGACGCUAUUAUAAUUUAGAGUUGGACCAGACAGCUGUCUCGGGUCCGCUUCUUUACCGAAUGAAAAAAUUGAAGGCAUUUUUUUUUUAAAGAUAAACAUUACGAGAUCAAACAAAUUCACAUGAACACAAGGAUGAAAGCAAAGCCGAGUGUAAAGCCGAGUGUAAAGCCGAGUGUAAAGCCGAGUGUAAAGCCGAGUGUAAAGCCGAGUGUAAAGCCGAGUGUAAAGCCGAGUGUAAAGCCGAGUGUAAAGCCGAGUGUAAAGCCGAGUGUAAAGCUUACAUUUAGGCGUAUUCUCCCCCCAAAAAGUAUGUAUUAAUAAAUGCUAUAUUGCAUGAGAAAUAAUUAUCUUGGCGUGCUUUAAAGGUGGGGGAGGGGUUGGUCACACCCAUUGCCCACCCUCUUCGCACGGUGGUGCAUGUAACAUUUCUUUACAAAGUAUCCUGAUGGGGGUGUGUCAUAAAUGCUAUGAUUUCCUUGGCUUGAUAAAUCUUUUCUCCGCCCCUACUUUUAAAUAACCAAUCGCCGCGUACUUCCGGUCAUCUCAUGUUCCCCACUUUGCCUAUAUUAAUUCCCUAUACCUACUUUGAGUUGUCUAGCUUCCUCUUGGUGUUCUCUUUGACACUACCUUUAGGCUAGGUUUUCUUUGUAUAUUUGUUUGACAAUAUGUGUUUGACUAUAUGUGUUACUCUCCGUUUGAAACGUUCACUGACGAAGACUUCUUGCCGACAUGUUCGCUAUAUCGCUUCGUCCUUUUUUUUCAGUUUUCGCCCCUACCUUGUGCUAUACAUUUCCUGAUAUUAUAGGUUGUUGUUUUUGGUUUGGUUUUUUCUAAACUCUGCAAGAGCGGAUUUUUUAAAAGGAAAAUAUGUUCUUCAAACUGCAUUAGGCGUGGAAACUUAAUCCUUAUCUAAACAACACAGUGUUUUCUAAGCUUUUUUGGGAAUGCGUCCAACUUUCAAACUUAACUUAAAGUUCGAAUGUGACCGAUUUUUCCAUAAUUGAUGUAAAAUAAACCCACACCUGUGUCCUUUUCGGGCCACUUUUUAGCCGUGUCCAAAUUAUGGCCAUCUAACAAUAACAAAAACCCAUAAAAUAAACAUUAAAACAUUCAUAAUUUUUUUAAAAUAAAAUUAAGUCCAAGAUUUUUUUGAUUUUUUUAAAUUUUUUUUUGUGUGUUCCAUUAAAUUUAAAAGACACUGUAGCCGUGACUUAAAUAACAAGAUAAGCGUUAAUAUUGUGUUCGUUUUCCGAUUUUAACAAAAUGUUUGACCACAAGUGGAAUGUUGGAUUUGACCAACUUGUCCCAUGAGCCCGCGUAUGUCCAUCAAGGUAUCAUUUAAGGACACACGGGAGAACAUGUUUUCCUGAUUACAAUUAAAGGGAACGCAAUCGUUAGUCCUUAGAAGUGUUCCAACCAGCCUGGUGCAUAGCACGGCACACUUGGGUGUGUUUAGGAAAAAAAAUGGGCGUCCAUCAAAAUGUAUUUAGUUGUUUUUUUGGGGGGGUGGGUUGGGGGAGGGUGUGGGGGGGGGUUAGAUUGGGUGUGUUUAGGAAAAAAAAUGGGCGUCCAUCAAAAUGUAUUUAGUUGUUUUUUUGGGGGGGUGGGUUGGGGGAGGGUGUGGGGGGGGGGUUAGAGUGGGACCGUCUGUAGCAAUCAAACCGUGACAAUUGUACUUUCAGAAUAAAUAAGUUAAAAUGCAUUAUCUUCGUAAUCAAGGCGCUAAAAUCUCCGGAAGGUGAAAAGAAAAUGGGGGAUGUCGGGGGGAAAAGAGGGGUUGGGGGAAAGGGGAGGGGGGAGCUAGGCGCCUCCAAACAUCCAUGCGUAACAUUUACUCAGUUCAAGUUUCUAUAGAAAAAUAAUUAAUGGCAUCACAUUCUUGGCAGCAUACCUCUUAUAGUUUAUUAUGAAAACUACCAGUGAGGCGGGGAAUAUUACCAUUGGUACUACCAGUAAAUCGGGCAAAAUUACCAUUGGUACUACCAGUAAAUCCGGCAAUAUUACCAUUGGUACUACUAGUAAAUCGGGCAAUAUUACCAUUGGUACUACCAGUAAAUCGGGCAAAAUUACCAUUGGUACUACCAGUGAGACGGGGAAUAUUACCAUUGGUACUACCAGUAAAUCGGGCAAUAUUACCAUUGGUACUACCAGUAAAUCGGGCAAAAUUACCAUUGGUACUAACCAGUAAAUCCGGCAAUAUUACCAUUGGUAUUACCAGUAAAUCGGGCAAUAUUACCAUUGGCAGUACCAGUGAGGCGGGCAAUAUUACCAUUGGCAGUACCAGUGAGGCGGGCAAUAUUACCAUUGGCAGUACCAGUGAGGCGGGCAAUAUUACCAUUGGCAGUACCAGUGAGGCGGGCAAUAUUACCAUUGGCAGUACCAGUGAGGCGGGCAAUAUUACCAUUGGUAGUUCCAGUAAAUCGGGAAAUAUUACCAUUGUCAGUACCAGUGAGGCGGGGAUAAUAUCAUUGGUACUACCACUGAGGCGUGGAAUAUAAAAUUUAAAAAAAUUCAUCUUUCGCUCUCAAGGAUCACUGACUAUUUGAGUCUCUAUUUUUAUGUUUGAUUGAUUUCAUAAACGCCCUUUGUUUUCAGUGUUCUUACCCAGUAGUCUGGACGGUGUUUUGACAUACGGUGUCAAAAAUGCUUUGUCUUUCUUGACCAAAACAAGCCGAGGGAUACCGACCAAAGAUGCCGGCCUGUUCGACACGAGUCCGUAUAGGGAAUAUUUUAAUGAACAGUAAAGUUAUAAUCUGAGAUCAACCACAGAAAUGAUCUCAAAAGUACGAGCAUUGUGUGGAUAUUGUUUGUUUUUUUUUGUUUUUUUAAAGAUUAAUAUGCCAGGUAAGCUGACGAUGAAAAGCCAGGUAAGAUGAUGAUGACGAUAAGCCAGUUACGAUGAUGACGAUAACAAUGAAAAUUAUCAAUGAAAAGGUGU